AUGGAACAAUUUUUCACACUUCCCUUCGCAAUACUCGAAGUACCCAAUAUAAAAAUAAAACGGCCGUCAUGGCUGCAACAACCCUCACCCAUGGUUAUGUUUUCCAUAGUUUUGUUCUCGUAUUUUCUUGUAACCGGAGGUAUUAUUUAUGACGUAAUUGUGGAGCCUCCAAGUGUAGGAUCAACAACAGAUGAGCAUGGUCACUCCAGACCAGUGGCUUUCAUGCCCUACAGGGUAAAUGGUCAAUACAUUAUGGAAGGAUUGGCUUCCAGCUUCUUGUUUUCAAUGGGUGGUUUAGGUUUUAUAGUGCUUGACCACAUUCAUUCACCACAAACACCAAAGUUGAACAGACUCAUGAUCACAGCUGUUGGAUUUAUUUGUGUGUUGGUCUCAUUUUGCACCACCUGGAUUUUUAUGAGGAUGAAACUACCUGGUUAUUUGCACUGGUGAAGAGUAAUUUGUGAGGAGAGGAAUCUUAAUAAAAGUGUGGAAUUUUUUCAAUUAUUUGUAAUAAAUGUAUAAAAUUUA